AUGCCAGCAAUAGAAAGUGAUUCAAGCGAGACAAGUAGUUCGGAUGAUGAGAUUGAAUCAACUCUUAUUUCCAAAACUGUUGGUGAACUAACAUUAAAAGAUGAUGAAAAUAUUUCGUAUCUAGCACAACUGCCAGAUGAUUAUGAAGAAGGUGGAGAAUCAGAUGAUGAUCAGAGACUUCCAAGAGUAAUUCAGUCAUCAUCGUUCGGUCAACUGGAUGAUGAUACAGAUUCAAAAAAGAAACGUAAAAAACGAAAAAGAACAUAUUUUAUAUGUGUUUCAAUGUGCAAAUAUGAAUGUGUUAGAAGAGCAGCAAAACGUCUUAAUUUUCGUGAAGUAGGCGACGAUGAUGAUUGGAAUGUAUAUUGGACAGAUACAAGUGUAGGAAUAGAGCGUGUUGCACAAAUGAAAAAGUGGCAGAAAAUAAAUCAUUUUCCUGGAAUGAGUGAAAUAUGUCGAAAAGAUUCAUUAACACGAAAUAUGUCUCGAAUGAUGAAAAUGUUUCCAAAAGAAUAUAAUUUUUAUCCAAAAGCUUGGUGUCUCCCGGCUGAUUAUAGUGAUUUUGGCAAAUAUUGUCAAGAAAAAAAGUAUAAAACUUACAUUAGUAAACCAGAUGUAGGAUGUCAAGGACGUGGAAUAUUUAUUACAAGAAAUCCACAAAAAGACAUUAAACCACAAGAUAAUUUUGUUGUACAGUUAUACAUUGCUAGGCCAUUUUUAGUUGAUGGAUAUAAAUUUGAUUUACGUGUUUAUGUUGCUGUGACGUCAUGUGAUCCAUUUCGUAUUUUUGUUUAUAAAGAUGGUUUAGCUCGAUUUACUACUCAACAUUAUGAAGAACCAAGUACAUCAAAUUGUAAAGAUAUAUUUAUGCAUCUAACAAAUUAUGCUAUUCAAAAACGAAGCGAUGAUUUUAUUCGUGAUGAGGAUACGGGCACAAAAAGACGAAUAACAACAAUCAAUAAAUGGUUAGUUGAACAUGGUGUUGAUAUUAAUAAAUUAUGGUCAGAAAUUGACGAUAUUAUUAUUAAAGUUUUAAUAUCAGCACAUUCUGUACUUAAACAUAAUUAUCGAGCGUGUUUUCCAAAUCAUUAUCGUGGUAGUGCAUGUUUUGAAAUACUUGGAUUUGAUAUUUUAUUAGAUCGAAAAUUAAAACCAUAUGUUCUAGAGGUUAAUCAUUCACCUAGUUUUACCACAGACUCAAAACUUGAUAGAGAAAUUAAAGAUGCAUUAAUUUUUGAUACAUUAUUACUAUUAAAUAUGCCUGCUGCUGAUAAACGAAAAUUUCUUGAAGAAGAAAAACGUAAAGCAAAAGACAGAUUAUUUCAUAAAGCAGCUGGAAAAAAAGAUAGCAAAUUUCGUGAAGAACAAGAAGAUUUAGCUCAACAAUGGCAAAAAGAAAUUGAAAAAUGGGAAGAUACACAUAGUGGUAAUUAUCGACGAAUCUAUCCGGGACCAACAACAGAUCGUUAUGAAAAAUUUUUUACACAAAGUGGUACACUCUAUUCUGAAACAGCAGCCUCAAAAGCAAGAUUAGAACAAGCACGAGCGCAAAUAGAUGAAUUACAACGAAAUCAAGAUAAAAUAAAUGCAUUUAAAAAUAAGAAAACAAAUAAUUCACGUGAAUUAUGUGGAGAAAGUCCAACAAGACGACCAUUAGCUAGUUUAAAAUCAUCAAGAAGUUCAUCAUUCAAUCGAACACCAUUAAAACGAUUAACAGCAAAUCAAAAUAUAAAAUGUCCAGUAAUGCCCUAUGGUGAUUCGGGAAAAGCUGUUGAAAUUGAUGAAAAUGAAGAACUUGAAAGAAUAAUGAGUUUAAAACAACGUGAAACAUUAAUACGUGGAAUGGGUAUAAUUGACAUGUGUCAUAGACUAUUGUUUGGAACAGCAGGCACAAUUGCCAAUCUACCACUAACAUCCAAUUAUACUAAUAUGCCGCCUAUUAAUUUAAGUAAUGCAUCUCAUAAUCUCUCAUUAUUGCAAUAUGUUGGCUCUUCAAAACUACCACCUAAUCGUUAUAGUGGAACAGCUGUUUUACAACAAUAUUUUACAAAUCAAACACAACCAAAAUUAGAGGGUUCAACAACGAAUAGUGGAUCUCGAAAUAGUCGAUAUCAACGUAGUGGAAAUACAUCUAAUCGGCAUAAUAUGUCAUCAUCAAACUAUUCGCUUAUGUUACCACAUGACGAUACAUUGAACAGUGCGAAUAUCUCUCAUAAUUUAGCGAUACAUGCUGAACGUCCCGAUCGAUUUUAUCUACCAAAUGCCUUACCACAGACAACUACAACUCUAUUACCUAAAACAGGAUUAGACAUACGAACAAAAAGUGCAAAUACUAUUCCUCGUCAACGGACAGUGGAUAAUUCAAAAGAAAUCGUCAUAAACGGUGAAUCGGUAUCCGUUCAGAAGAAACUACAAAUGUACGAUACUGAUUCAUAUGAAAAUUUAAAAAAAUUACAACUAAUUAAACUUCCAUCCUCAAACAAAGUGCAUACAGAUCAAUAG